CAUAACCUGACAGAUGUCAAAAGUCAAAACAAAAACAUAACCUACAAAAAUGCCCAGAAAAGUAACAAAACCAUUAUUUAUUUAGUUAUUAGUGUUCCGUUUGAAUUGAUAGUUAAAACUCCAAAUAUGGCAACUGAUGACUACUAUUUGGAAUUGUCCGAUAAUCCAUUACGUUUCGAAGCCGGAAACCAAUUGACGAAUGUCUUUUUCGACGACUCCAAUAAACACGUAUUCGUUGUACGGUCUGGAGGUGUUAUGGGUGUCGUUGUCAAAGAUUUAUCCCAACCAGAUAAGCCGCUCAAUUUCAGAAUGGAAGACAAAGGUACUGUGUUGUCCAUAAAAUUCUCUUUGGAUCUCAAAAUCCUUGCUGUACAUAGAACUAAUUCAUCGAUAGAAUUCAUGAAUUUCAAUGGGAACACGCUGCAUGAGGAAUAUUCCCAGACAUGUAAAAAAAAUAAUAAAAUUUUGGGAUUUGUAUGGACAUUUGAAAAUGAGGUAGCAUUUAUCACUGAUCAUGGUGUAGAACUUUACAAAGUUUUACCAGAAAAAAGAACAUUGAAACAAUUAAAGACAAUUUCGAAUAUUGUACAAUGGUUUGUUUGGUGUCCAUUCAAUAAGAUUGUUCUGCUUGCAUCUGCACAUGGGUCUCAGUUACAGCCCAUUUCUUUUCGACCAGGUACAAUUGGAAAGUUACCAAAAGUUGAGAGUAUUUCUUGUAAAAUGGCAGUUGAACGAGAUAUUACAUUAGCAAAAAUUUAUGGAACACCUGCAAUAUUGAUUUUGAGGCAUCAAAGUGGACCUCAGACAGCUGAGGUUCACAUUCAUGAACUCAAUGGACCUGGACAGGCUCCUAUCAAAACACAUGUACUGAAACUUGGUCUUUCUGGACGGUUUGCAAUAAAUAUUGUCGAUAAUUUGGUCCUGGUUCACCAUCAAGCUUCUAGAAGUUCACAGAUUUUUGACAUAGCCCUUCCGGGGGAAAGCGAUGGUGUUGUUAAGUAUCACACUUCAGUUGCUGCAGCUAAAUCUUUCAAACCAGUUAAACUGACUAUCCCCAGUUUAGAUGGAGCUCAAACUUUACCUUGUGACUUAUAUUCACCUAACUGGGUUGUUUUUCAACCGAAUAUUGUGAUAGAUGCUAGACUUGGAUGUUUAUGGCAUAUCAAUUUAUGUCUUCCCCAAUUAUGCAACAUUAUAUCAGAUGUUGCAUCUUGUACUCAGCUGCUUCUCAGAAGAACCAAUGGCAAGCAAAUUAUACUGAAAGUAUUGCUUGAAAAAAUCCUGCAAGACAAUCCACUCCAAGACAAGAUAAGGGAGUCAUUCAAUUAUAUCAAUAAAGAAUAUAGAGAUUAUCUGGAAGUGGAAUUGCAGAAUCAAACUGCAUCUCCAGCAUUUGAAACAAUUCCUAAUAAGCCAGAACUAAAAGGAAAUGUUAUCAUUAUCGAUCAGUCUGAAAUGUAUAAUGAAAUUUUCUUGAAGCUAGAUACAGAUGCAGAAAUGAAUAAGCUAGAAUGGGUACUUAUUAGCUACCUAACUUCUCUUUGCGAAUAUGACAUCAAAGCAUUGCCAAAUAUAAAUGAAAUGAUUGUUUCAACUUUGAUCAGAAGAAAAAAAUUCGCUACUUUACAACAACUACUUCAAUAUGGUGUCAUAGCAGAUUCAAAGGCUCUUGCAUGCAUUCUUUUAUCAUUAGGCAAUGUAUAUCCAGCUGGAACACAGAUGGCUCUGGAUAUGUUAUCAAGGUUAGAUGCCAAGGAUGAAAUUCAAGAAAUCCUCCUCAGCCAAGGGCAAAUUUUAACUGCCUUGAAGUUAUCCCCAGAUAAAAGAAAUCCUAGAAAAUUUUUACAAGCAGCCCAAGAUUUCAACGAUGAGCAGUUAUUUCACACUAUUCUAUAUUAUUACAAGAACCACCCUGUGUAUAAUUCUAGCUUUAAAAAAGAUAGUCAUUUGGAUAGUUUUGUGCAUUAUUACAGCUCAGUAUUUGAAGAUAAAUGAGAAAAAAGAAUUCAAAUGAAAAGUGCUCGGUUAAAGUCAUAUUAAUCACAAAUAUAAAUAUAAGAGAAAUUAAUAGAAUAAAAGAUGCCAAAGACAUUGUUCAUGCACAUGUUGUGCAACUGGAUGUAUUUCUUUACAGAAAUUGCAUAUUGAAUUUUUUUCUUUAAUGAAAGGAUUAAUAGAG